AUGGAUCCAGAAGAAGGAUAUCUUAAGGCAAAGAAGCUUCUGAAAGACAACUACGGACAAAACUACAAGAUUGCGGCUGCAUACGUGGACCGGAUCACCCAAGCAUCGCCAAUUAAAGCAGAAGAUGGCGUAGGCUUACAGAAGUACUCCGUGCUACUGGCUAGUUGCAGAAAUACCUUGAAGGAGAUCGGAUACAUUAGCAGAGUGGAAAAUCCUGAAAGUUUGGUUAAACUAAUUGGGAAGCUACCCUUUUCUCUGAGACAGAGAUGGCGAGAAGUUGCCGAUAACAUCACUACCCAGAAAUCAAGAGAGAUAACCUUUGAUGAUGUUGUUGAGUUUGUUCAAGCAAGGUCGAGAGUUCAGAACCACCCAAUCUUCGGAAAAUUGAACAACGACUCACGAAGUAGACCAAGUGAACCUUUAGGUUCUAGGGGCAGACUGAACUUUCAAAUUGAUGGUAAGCUAGGUGAUGAAGGAAAAAAGGAAUCAAAACCCUACAAAUGUUCCAUGUGUAAUGGAGAUAUUCUGCCACGAUGUAUUCAUUUUAAGAAAGAGUCCCUAGUGGGUCGUCUUAAGUUUGUUCGCAAAAGAGGACUAUGUGACAACUGCUUGUUUCAAGGACAUGUCGCAAAGUCCUGUCCAAAGCCCAGUUUCUGCAAGGUAGCCGGCUGUCAGUUCAAGCACUCAACAUAUCUGCAUCCAAGAAGCGGAGACAGCGGUGUGGACAAGUCGUGUGGUCCUGAUAGCCCAAAUGAAUCAACUGAUCGAUCAGGUGAUGAAGGAUGCGCCAACAAUGGAGCGCGAAAUGGUUGCGUUAGUGCUACCCAAACUGAAUGUGGUGUCAUCGGGGCCGGCGUCUCUACAACAGGGCUACCAUUGGUCCCUGUGAAAGUGAAAUGUGCUGGCUCGUUUCGAGUGGUGCUGACAUAUGCGUUCCUUGAUCCUGGUUCUAACACGACAUUCUGUUCAAAUGAACUGUUGGAGCAACUUGGCAUCACAGGAAAGAAAACAACAUUAUCUUUGACAACCCUACAGAACGUACAGCAGACGACCAGAUGUAGUGUGACCAGUUUGGAAGUUUGGGAUUUAAACGAAGAGAACUUAGUGGAACUUCCUACUGUUUUCUCGACCGAACGGUUACCUGUCGAUAGAUCUAGCAUUCCGCUUCAAAAGGAUGUUGACAGAUGGCCUCAUCUCAGAAACGUAAACGUACAGGAAAUCGAUGCCGCCGUUGGCUUACUAAUCGGGAAUGAUGUACCAAAGGCAUUGGAACCGAAGGAAGUCAGAGAGAGCAGUGGCGCAGGACCGUACGCCGUGAGAACAGUUUUCGGUUGGACGAUAAAUGGCCCGCUUGGAAGAAAUAAAACGGCUCGUCGUUGCGCGAACUUCAUUCGAUCUGAUCAUGACCUAAAUGAACAGUUUCAAACGUUCUGCAAUAUGGAGUUCAACGACUCUGUAUAUGACACAAAACUGGAGAUGUCGGUAGAGGAUUCUCGUGCUCUUGGCAUGAUGGAAGGCUCGGUUCAGCUAAAGGACGGACACUAUGAAGUGGCUUUACCAUGGAAAAAUUUCCCGCCACGUCUGCCAAACAAUCGUCCAUUAGCGGAACAUCGCCUGAACCUUUUAAAGAAGAGGCUUCUCAAAGAUCCUCAACUGCUUUCAAAGUAUUCAGAAUUCAUGGAUAACAUGCUAAGCAGGAAGUAUGCUCGCAAGGUCCCUGAGAGUUCGAUAACCCAACCUAAGUUACCUUUAUGGUACUUACCCCACCAUCCCGUAAUCAAUUCAAAUAAGCCCAGCAAAAUUCGCGUGGUUUUCGAUUGUGCAGCAGUUUUCCGCGGGACGUCACUCAAUAGUCAACUAUUACAAGGUCCAGAUCUAACAAACAGUCUUGUUGGAGUUUUAAUUCGCUUCCGAACGGAUCCUGUGGCCUUGAUGGCGGAUAUAGAUGCUAUGUUCCACCAAGUCCGCGUUACACCAAGCGACUAUGACGCAUUACGAUUCCUCUGGUGGCACCAAAAUGAUCUUGAUAAAGAACCCCAAGAAUUCCAGAUGAUGGUUCACCUUUUCGGCGCAACGUCCUCCCCGAGUUGUGCGAAUUUUGCACUCCGAAGAACCGCCGAAGACAACUCAGACGACUUUGGUGCUGAGAUAUCAGAUAUAGUAAAACGGAACUUCUAUGUGGACGACUGUUUAAAGUCUGUUAAAGAUGACGAAGUGGGCAUCAAAACGGUGAGCUGUUUGACCCAGUUGCUAGCCCGGGGAGGAUUCCACUUGACGAAAUGGGUUUCAAAUUCAGCAAGAGUGAUUGCGUCGGUGCCUGAAGAUGAAAGAUCUGGAUCUGUAAAGGCUUUGUGUUUUGGCCAACCAACGGUUGAACGAGCACUAGGAGUUAAAUGGGAUGUCGCGAGCGAUCAGUUUGGAUUCAAAGUAAUCAUCAAUGAGAAGCCAUCAACUCGAAGAGGGAUACUUUCAGUAAUCAGUUCAGUCUAUGACCCUCUUGGGUUCGCAGCCCCAUUUAUUCUUCCCGUGAAGAUAUUGAUGCAACAUCUGUGUCGACGAAAGUUGGGAUGGGAUGACCUAAUUGAGCCCGACGAUAUGGCACGCUGGAACACUUGGUUGAAGGAAUUGCCAAAGAUCGAACAGCUUCGCGUCCCAAGAUGUAUCAAAUCCUACUACGUCAAUCCAAUAGUUCAGACGCAGUUACACAGUUUCGCAGACGCUUCGCGACGUGGAUAUGGGGCAGCGAGUUAUUUGCGCUUUGAAGAUUCGAAAGGUAACAUCCACUGUUCGUUCGUGAUGGCUAAGUCAAGAGUGGCUCCUCUAAAGGAAACAACCAUUCCACGACUGGAAUUAUCCGCUGCUGUGGUUGCGACAAGACUCGACAAGAUGAUACGAAACGAAAUCGAUAUUGAAAUCCAUGCUCCAUCUUUUGGACAGACAGCACCUGUGUUCUGGGGUAUCUGA